CUCCUUCAUUGUCUGAGUGAAUUCAGCAGGAGUGGAUCCGUCGCUCGGUUCAAUGUAAUCCCGUCUCUCCCCGGCUCACUCACUCAGUCGUCCGCCAUGGCGACCGCAGGAAGCCUCCUGAUCGCUGCGAGCUGCGUCUAAAACUCAUCUGGGAUUCAUUUUCCCCCAAUUUUUCCGGACGUGGAUGUAGUCUUCCCCUUCAGCUGGGAAAUACUUUCGUGUGGACAAGCCCGCAUUUCGAGACACGGGGGCUGAGCAGUGAGCAGUGCAGCACACCAUGGCAGAGCCAGACCCAGACACAAUCUCCUCUGGCGCAGGGCAGCGCCUCGGAGCUCCGGAGACCCUUGGCAUCAGUACGUUAGAUCCCGGGCACAGACCUCCGGCCAUGCCCCCCGGACGACACGUCACCAUCAGGGUCCGUAUGCUGGAUGACACAGAGGAGCUUUUCGACAUCUCGCAAAAAGCCUCAGGCAAGGUGCUGUUUGACCUCGUGUGCUCCCACAUGAAUCUCAUUGAGGGUGACUACUUUGGCUUGGAGUUUCAGAACCAACAAAAGAUGAUGGUUUGGUUGGACCACAUCAAACCCAUUAUCAAGCAGCUCAGGCGGCCGAAACACACAAUCCUGAGGUUUUCUGUGAAGUUUUUCCCCCCGGACCACGCCCAGCUACUGGAGGAGCUGACAAGGUACCUGUUUGCCCUCCAGAUCAAACAGGACCUUUACUGUGGACGUCUGACUUGCAACGACACCAGCGCCGCUCUGAUGGUCUCCUACAUUAUACAAUCUGAGAUUGGAGACUUUGAGGAGAGCCAGUGCCGGUCACACCUCCUCAACAACAACUACAUCCCAGAUCAAAUGCCCCUCAUUGACAAAAUCAUGGAGUUUCACUCAAAGAAUAUUGGUCAGACACCAGCAGAAUCAGACUACCAUUUGUUAGAAGUUGCUCGCAGGCUGGAGAUGUACGGGAUUCGGCUCCAUCCUGCCAAGGAUCGCGAGGGAACAAAGUUAAGCCUGACUGUGGCGCACACAGGUGUCCUGGUCUUCCAGGGACACACAAAGAUUAACGCCUUCAACUGGUCUAAAGUUCGAAAACUGAGCUUCAAGAGAAAACGCUUCCUCAUUAAGCUGAGGCCAGAUCUAAAUAGUUCAUAUCAGGACACUCUGGAGUUUUUAAUGCCAAGCAGGGACUGCUGUAAAGUCUUCUGGAAGAUCUGUGUUGAAUAUCACGCCUUCUUCCGCCUAUUUGAGGAACCUAAGCCCAAGCCCAAGCCGGUACUCUUCUCACGAGGCUCCUCCUUUAGAUUCAGCGGUCGCACGCAGAAGCAGGUGAUUGAAUAUGUGAAAGAGUCUGAAUUUAAAAAGAUCCCGUUUGAAAGGAAACACAGUCGUGUUCAGUAUAGCAGUCGGGUCCAACACAACAGUCGCCUGUCACCAUUGCCUUCUCCAAGCCACCGUGAAGUGCCAACAGAUAGUGGUGCUCCUGGGGACAGAAUUGAUUCUCCUCGGCGUCACUGGAAGGAGUCGGUCCUGGUGAGUGCAGAAGACCCGGCAGCUUCACGGGCGAGGAUGAGCCCCUCGCAUCAGAGAAAUGGCCACGAAGAGAGAACGGGGUCUGUAUCCAGGACAGAGGAGACAAGGAGCCCAACACGACAGACCCACCCCGAACAUCUAAAUACAGGUGUGGUUUCCAACAGUCCUCACCUGUCCGCGUCCUCUGGACACUCCCACGGGAUGGUCAACGGUCAGAAGUCGCUGGAGCUGUGCAGUCACAGUCCCGACGGCCGACUGCCUUCCCCGCUCACCAGCCCAUUGCUCAAUGACGCCUGCAGUGUUCGCACUGAUGAUGAAGACGAGGUUCGAAGGAAGAGGUUCCCAACAGAUCGAGCCUACUUCAUCGCCAAGGAGCUGCUGACAACAGAACGGACGUAUGUGAAGGACCUCGAGGUGGUGACCGUGUCUUUUCAGAGUGCCGUGGGACAAGAUGAGGCAACUCCGGACUCCCUGAAGGACGCCAUCUUCUCCACCUUUGAGCCUCUGCACAAGUUCCACACAGGUUUUCUCAGGGAGGUGGAGCAGAGGCUGGCACUGUGGGAAGGACGCUCUAAUGCACACAUUAAGGGAGACUACCAGCGCAUUGGAGAUGUCCUGUUGAAGAACCUUCAGGGUUUGAAGCCCCUGACAGCAAACCUGAGCAAGCAGUCUGAAAUCCUGCUGGAGCUUGAGAAGGUGUGCAAGGCGUCCCGAAGGUUGGAGGGUCUCUGCAGAGACUUUGAGCUGCAAAAGGUCUGCUACAUUCCCCUCAACGUCUUUAUUCUGCGGCCUUUGCACCGCCUCAUUCACUACAAGCAGAUCCUGGAGCGCCUGUGCAAACAUUACCCAGCUACUCAUGUGGACUUCAGGGAUUGCAGAGCUGCUCUAGCUGAUGUGUCUGAGGUGGUGGACCAGCUUCAGGGAAGCCUAAUCAAGAUGGAGAACUUGCAGAAACUUCUGGAGCUGAAGAAGGAUUUGAUUGGCGUCGACAAUCUCGUUGUUCCUGGUCGGGAGUUCAUCAGGUUGGGCUGCCUCAGUAAACUGUCUGGAAAAGGGCUGCAGCAGCGAAUGUUUUUCCUGUUUAAUGACGUCAUUUUAUACACAAGUCGAGGGAUGACGGCGACGAAUCAGUUCAAAGUGCAUGGGCAGCUGCCGCUCCAUGGCAUGACAAUCAGAGAGAGUGAGGAUGAGUGGGGUGUACCUCAUGCCUUCACGUUGGUUGGGCAACGGCAGUCCGUAGUAGUAGCAGCUAGUUCUUUGGUAGAGAUGGAGAAGUGGAUGGAGGACGUAAAGAUGGCGAUAGAAAUGGCAAAAACCAGCAACGGGCCCUCAUCUGAGCUGCUGACCAGCAGCCUGACAGACAACAAAUGCCCAGAGGACUCCUCGGUGGAGGCAGAGUCCGAGGACGACAUGACAGCUCCCCACGUGUCAUUGGAGAAGCCCACGCCUCACCGUGGUAACACCAUGGUGCACGUGUGCUGGCACAGGAACACCAGCGUGUCAAUGGUGGACUUUAGCAUAGCCGUGGAGAAUCAGCUAUCAGGAAACUUACUAAGGAAGUUCAAAAACAGCAACGGCUGGCAGAAGCUCUGGGUUGUCUUCACCAACUUCAGCCUGUUUUUCUACAAGUCUCACCAGGAUGAUUACCCAUUGGCCAGCCUUCCACUGCUCGGUUACUCAGUCACCGUCCCCUCUGAGUCCGAAAACAUCCACAAGGACUAUGUCUUCAAGCUGCAUUUCAAGUCCCACGUCUACUACUUCCGAUCAGAGAGUGAAUACACAUUCGAGAGGUGGAUGGAGGUCAUCCGCAGCGCUACUGUCCCCUCAAGUCGAGCUCGUGGUCUGAACGGCAAAGAGACCCGCGCUUAAUGAGUUGGCUCACCUAGUUUCCAUACCCUUUCUCCUUCGGGUGGCAUCCGCCCGUCCUGUCCCACUCCGGACUCUUUGCUUUUCUUUUCUACGCAUAUCUGGGACAUUUGUACAUGUGUCCAUGCACAUUUGGUGCUUUUUAAUGCUUUAAUGGUGACAUGUCCGCUGGUUUAGACUGCAUCAGAGACUGCAUUUUUGGCAUUUUUACUCUCAACUCUGAAACCUCUUUUUAAGGAUGUCAUUUUAUACUGUUUUCUAAUGGUCUGAACCACUUCCUCUAUUUCUGGUUUGACAUGUUUGUCAUCGGUUGUUUUUAAAUGCAGGAACACAUUGAUACUAGAUAUUCAGUAUUCUUUCUUAGAUGGUUAAACUCUCACUGCAUUGUCAUAAACAUUUUGUCUACGUGUUCAUUCUACGGAAAACGGUCACCCUUUAACAGCUGAUGCUCUGAUCACACUUGGCCCAGCACAAAAAGAAGGAAAUGAAAUUAUUUUGUCGUAUUAUUGACGUAAACCUCGACAUUGUGGCCUGGGGUGGCUGCCAUCACCACUGAUGCCGUUUUAAGUGAAGUAAAUGUUCUAUUUGCUGAAAUUUGUUGUAUGAUUCCAAUCACAGAGUUUUGCUUUUUUAUAUAUAUAUAUGCAUAUAUAUAAAUUAACUCUGAAGUUCCCAUUCAGUUGUGUGAGAAAAUGUGAGAUGUGCUCAUAAUCGCUGCGUUAUGAUGGCGAGUGUAAUUGAAAGCUUUAAGGAUUAUGUGCAAAACAAAACAGAAACUUUCAGUUCCAAGCGACGUUGCCCUCACAAAACUAGGCUGCCUCCCCAUAUAAACACAGAUCUGUUUAUGGGUCUGAAUGAAUGGAAAUAUGCAUUUGACAGGGUUUUGCAGUGAAGUAUAUGAGAUGGAAAACCUCAGUUCUGCCUAGAAUUGCAGCGUUUUUUCCAGACAGCAGAGAGCUCUUUGGAAAUGAAAGCAAUAAAAAAAAAAAAACAUACUCAAACUCG